ACGGAGAAAAAAAAGAGGAGAUCUGAUUGGUUCCCUGUUUGCCUGUUUCCUGAAAUACAAAACACAGUGAGACAUACAUGCUGGAAAAGUCUGUUAGCUAAGAACAACAGAUUCCUGCAUGUGUGUGUGUGUGUGUGUGUGCUUGGCAUGCUUGUCUGCUGUACAGCUGUCAACCUACAGUACAGAACAGUAUCCUACAUGAGUUCUAGACCUGUUUAUGAGAACAUCUGCCCACAAGAAGAGAGAGGGGGAUAGAGGACAGGAAAUGGUAAAGUGAGAGCACUGAAACAUGCUUGAAAGAGUUCAAGAAGAUGUCAAAGCAAUGAUGGAUGAUGGCUGUGCAGAUACCUGUGAAGUUCUCAUCGCAGAAACUCCUGAGUGUUUCAUCUGUAGAGACGUGCAGCUGGUGGAUGCAGAACAACUGAAAAGGUUUUGUGACUGCAAGAACCUCAUGGCACAUCAUGGUUGCCUGCUCACUUGGGUCAGAACGGGGUUGAAGAGGAACGAUCAGCUGAGGUGCCGCGUGUGUAAUGCAGAGUACCAGCAGCAGAGAGUAGCGCAAUGGCAGACCCUGGUGUCUCAGUGGCGUGUGUGGCCCGUGGUGUUGUUAGCGGUGGUGUUGGUGGCCCUGAUUCCCUACACUGUGUACCGCCUGCUGAAAGCUUUCAAUAACCCUCCUCCACAUAUUCUCUUCAACAUGGCUGCCAUCUGCUUUGGCAUCCUCUCUGAAAUCCUGCUGCUCAGGCUCUUAUUCUGCUAUGUCACCAAAUAUUUCCGGAAAGCACAGCAGGCAUCCUUCAAUCUUCAACCUCGGAACCUAGAGGAGGAGCAGGAGGCUGGGGUCAGAGGUCAGAACCACAAGGCAGAUGUCCUCUGGCAGUGGAAAAGCAGCCUUGUGGUGGAAAAGGCGAAGCAGAUUGACUCGCAGUGAUUCAUUUAACUUCUGGACAGGAUGGUGUGUCUGCCUGCUGCCCUGAUGGCUGCUUGUCAGCAGUAGCAACCUGGCGCAAGCAGCCGGGCAUCACUUACCCGGUCUCACAUGGAAUUCAAAGGAAUGUGAAUAAUGAUUGAGAACAAUUUUGUUGAAUUUCAAUUGACCCUUUCCCUGACUUUAACCAUUCAAAAUGUAGCAUAUGUGUUGUUAACAUUGCUUCAAUAUCUGUUGUGUGGAAGGAUAUAAGAAGCUUCUGGCUUUGAUGUUUGCCUAUUUCCUCUCUUGUUGCACUUGAAUUGGGUUAAAGCCAAAGUCAGAUGCUAUCCAAACAUGGCUGGUGUGGGUCCAGAAUUUCAUUCCAACCAGAAGCACACCUGAUUUGGCUUAGCAAGCUCUUUCUUAAUGAGUUAUUAUUGCUUGAUCAAACGAGUCUGAUGUAUUCUCACUGGUAAGAAGCAUGUGGUGAAUCACUCCUUGUCUUUGUAGUUGAGGGCAGCAUGUAUGUUUAUAAAAAGUUGCAUGUGUUAGAUUUAAAUGUUGUAUUUGUUGACUGCACUUGUCACUUUUAAAAGAGUUACUUAGAACUCCGUCCAGACUUGUCACAUAAGUGUAAGACGUGGAAUGAGCAGGUGUUCAUCCAGUUCCCCACUGAUCAUGAUAUUGACCACUUUAAUUCCUUAAAGUUUAAGGACAAGACACAAUAGCUGUCUUUUCUGACAACUCUGCAAUCUUUGAUUAUCAGUAAAUUUUACAUUAAUUUACAUUUCUUGCGAUUUUGUUUUUGCUCGACAGACACUGAUCUGAGGCGCAUAGUGGCCUAGUGGUUAACACGUUCACCUCACACCUUCAGGGUUGGGGGGUCUAUUCCUGCCACAGCCCUGUGUGAGUGGAGUUUGCAUGUUCUCCCCUUGUUGUGGGGGUUUCCUCCAGGUACUCCAGUUUCCUCCUCCAGUCAAAAGACAUGCAUGGUAGGCUUUUUGGCAUGUCCAAAGUGUCCGUAGUGUAUGAAUGGGUGUGUGAAUGUCUAUGUGAUUGUGCCCUAUGAUGGAUUGGCACCUUGUCCAGAGUGUACCCCACCUUGUGCCCUAUACUCCCUGGCAUAAGCUCCAGGUUUCCCCGUGACACAGUAGGAUAAGCGGUAUAGAAACUGUAUGGAUGGAUACUGACCUGAUUGUGUAAUAUUGACUGAUAUUGAUAUAGACUGGCAUCCUGCAGUCUAUUUACUCUCAUGCACGAGGGAGUGAGUGGUCAGAUAUGAAGUUUGUGGUACAAAGAGUGAUAGUAAGUUUUCAGUAUCAUUCAGUAAAAACCCCAUUACUUUCAAAAAAAAAAAAAAAAAAAAAAAAAAAAACCUUACUUUAAAACCCCCCUUACUUUAAAUGUGAACAAUAAUUUGUGGCAGAUUUGGUUUUCGAAAAAUAAGUACAUACAUUUAAAAAAAUAAAGACAGAUUUGCAAAAGCUAUCAGCACUGGUUAGUAUACUACAAUUAUAAAAGAUAUUUUACUGGACUAUGUAUUCAGGGGUUGUUGAUUCAGAAGCCAAAUAUCUAUCUAAGGCAAAACGAGUGGCAACAUUUUAAAUAACAGUGAACACAAAUCUGGUUUGUACAGGUUUGCUGAUUACUCUAUUUUUUAUUUGUUCAUUCAUUCAUGAUUUAUUCAAGGUCUCUAUGGUUUAAAGUUCUUAUGUUUUCAGAAAUAGUGUUUGUUUUCAUUAGAAAAUAUUACAGGCAGGUUACAAACAGAGGAAACUCUGCAUGCAGAGGGAUUAGUCUGAAUUCCUUUGCAAAAAGGGGGUGGGGGUGUAAUCUCAUGGUCCUAGUAAUCUAUGGUCACACCACAUUCCCUGAAUUGGCACAUUGGCAAGCUAACACAUUCAGUCUCUUUUUGCAAGAAAACAUUUUGUAUAUUUUUAUUACAUUAGUUUUCUCACUGUCAGUAACCACUUCAGCCUGAUUCGGGUUGUUGUGGAACCUGGGAACACUGAGCAUGAGGCAGGAAUACACCUCGGAUGGGACACCAGUCCAUCACAGGUCAGCAUACACAUGCACACAUUCACACCCAGGGGCAAUUCACCUUAAACAGUCAACCGACUGGCAUGUUUUGGGGAGUUAUGGGACUAAACCCAUGCUGACCCAGGGAGAACAUGUACAGAAACAUAGCACAGACAGUAACCUAAGCUUAGGAUUGAAACCGGGGACCCUGGAGCUGUAAGGCUGCAACGCUACCCGCUGCACCAUCAGGCAGCUCAUUACAUUGUUGUUGUUGGUUUUUUAAUUAUAAAAUAAAUUUUAAAAACACAAACAAUCUUUUAAAAAUGCAUUUUUACUUUUUCUAAGCAUCCUCUAUGAUCACUUGUUCCUAUCUGCCUGUUCUAGCACACAUCUCUUACAUUCAGUCAAGCCCAAAAAAGGACUUUAUCAGUCAGGUCCCACAGUUACUGUGUGAUCAGCAUCUGCUACUACUAUAGAGGAAUAGUACAGGAAUACAGUCAUCUAUCAUUCACAUGCACAAUUUUAAAAACAGACUCUGCAUAAGAAAAAAACAAGACAUAUGCGUUUAUUUUUCAGCAGAUGUGAUUCGCUUCUGAACUACGCUCAGUGAGACUUGACCUUUACUCUUAAUUACAUUUGUUAAGAAUGAUAGUAAACCAAGUGUUGUGUUGUUUCUCAUUAUGAUAUUAAUAAUUCCACAGUUUCGUGCCACUUUAUAAAGAACUGUUUUUGUUUAUUGGGAAACAGUCUUCAUACGCUUAAUAUCUUGUUACAUUCCUACAUUAACUAAUGUAAAAUAAUAUGCAGCAUGCUGUUUAAGGGUGGUUUCAAAUUUUGCUUUUCUUUUAAAAACAGUGAUUAUACUUCUCCAUGAAUGCGGUCAUGUAAAUUUAAUUUUCUGUUAUUGGCAGCAGUGGAAAUUCAAUUUUCGGCUAUUGGCAGUAAAAUAUAUGGUGUAAGUUGUAAAGUCAUAUGUUUUCACUUUUAUAUUGCUUACCCGGUAUUUGUUGGGGAUACCACUCUCAUUUGACUGUGAUAUUGAGAAAUAAAGUAUUAUUUUAUAUUGCA